AGCUGACAAGUGAUUUCCUGUAAAACACUUUCUGAUCAUAGAAUUUCUACCAUCACAAGAGUAUUAUACAAUAAGCGAGUACUAGUUUACUAUGAUUCUUACAUCCUCAUUCUCUGCCAUUCUACUACUGAUUACCACUCAGUAUGCUAGUCUUGUAUUGGGUCAAUGUUCUUCUACUUAUAUGCGGUCAGAGUUUCGUCAGUUGUCGGAAGCAAGUCGACAAGCCUAUUUAACAGCAGUCAAUCAACUUAAACUACGUGCUCGUGGAGGAACUGAGCCUGCAACUUGGAACUUGGAUCAGUUUGUUGAAAGUCAUAUGAGUAACUCUGGAGCAUUUCAUGGAACUGCACAAUUUCUGCCAUGGCAUCGUGUUUAUUUGCGUUACUAUGAAGAGGCUCUUCGUCAAGUAUCAAAAGAUCCUAAUAUGAGUGUACCAUAUUGGGAUUGGACUCUCGAUGCCAGUGCGCCUGCUUCAUCUCUGAUUUUAUCUCCAAAUUACUUUGGAAGUGCUGGUGUUGCUCCUGACUAUUGUGUCAGUGGUGGUGUUGCCAAGUCUUGGCCAAUCUCUUAUCCAUUCACAUCAAAAUGUCUUACUCGAUGCUCUAGUUGGUCCGCUCUUUAUCCUCCAACUGCCGUCAAUGCGAUCCUCACUCGCUCAUCCACUUACGGCGCGUUCCGUCACGACCUUGAAGCUAUUCCUCAUGCUUUGAUUCACACUAGUGGUGGUGGUUCAUGUGUCGACACCAACAACAACCCGGCUCCAUUUACCAGCAUGGCAUCUCCAAACGAUCCUUUAUUCUUUAUUCAUCACGCCAAUGUUGAUCGUCUGUGGUGGCGUUGGCAAGUUAUGUGUCCUGCUAAUGCUGAACUUUAUGAUGAACCCAACACUUCUCUUAGUGAAGCCUUGACUACAUGGAAUAUUCCUGUUAGUAGUGCCAUGAACAUUGCAAACUCUCGUUUCUGUUAUACUUACUCGGCAGCCAAUACUGACUCGGUCAAUUUCAGUCCAGUCUGUAAAUCCCCUACAAACUCUACAGGUCCGCCUACACCAUCUCCUGUUGCUACCAACAAUCCUGCUGCUUGGUGGUUCAACAAUCUUAUGCUGCAACUUGUUCCAAACGCUCCUUCUCUUGCUUCCACUGCUGCUGUUUUGGCUCCUGCUCCUCUACCCAUUCAUCCCGUUGUUUCUGUCAUUCAUAAAAGCAUCCCUUCAGCCGUUCCCAUCAAGAACCAACAUAAUGCUGCUCCCACUACUGCUCCCACUGUUGCUGUUGCGGCUCCCACUGUUGCUGCUGCUGCCAUCAACCCGGAUGUUUCCAAAGAAGAAUCUAAUGACAACACUAACAUCGAUCUCAAUCUUGUUAGGCGUAAUGUGGGAUCUAUUAGUGUUGUGGAUGUUGAUCCCAACGAUCCUGGAAUUGUCAGUCGUCAGGAAAGCAGUACCAGUCAAAACACCACCAAUGUCCUAACCGUUAAUGUUCGUAUGUAUGUUCCCUCUCCAGGUGAAACUACCUAUCAACCUGCUCCGUAUGUUUCUAUCAAAGCUCCUGAUGCAAGCGAUCGCACUGAUCUGUUUAAUCUGCGCUUUCCUCCUGCUGUUCCUGAUUCAUACCUUGUCAUGUGUGGUCUGGAUAUCCAACGUGCCCGUGCUGCCGAGGUCCGUGCCAAACACAUCAUCGACUAUUACAACAAUGUCCAGAAUUGGACUUCCCCUGUUGCUCUGGUUGAAGUUGUCAAAAAUGCUAAUGGAUUUUACAUAAGUAAAUCCUAACCCACAGCAUUUUUAAAAUUUCUCUGUAGACUCGAUCUUGUUCAUUCCAAAUUACAGUUUUGAACUACUUUUUCUAAAUACACCUUCGCUGUCUUGAUGCGAACACUUCAAUUGUGCUCUUUUUCCCCUUGUAAACGGUUGUUAAAACACACUUUCUCAAUUAUUAUCCCCACUACUUUUACCGAGUCUUCAAAAAUACUCUGUUGUAUCAGUAAUAAAAUUUAAAAUGGUAUU